AGUUUCGUGACAUAAUUGUUACUUUGUAUUAUGAAAAGAGGAAAGCAAAAUGGGUGCAACAGAAGAAGCUCCAUUGAAGGCAGAUAUCCAAACCGUUUUUCGAAAGCUUCGCGCUAUACCAUGCAAUAAAGAAUGUUUCGAUUGUGGUGCACGUAAUCCCACAUGGGCAUCAGUAACUUAUGGCAUUUACCUAUGCAUUGAUUGCUCGGCGAUACAUCGCAAUUUAGGCGUUCAUAUCAGUUUUGUACGAUCGACUACUUUGGAUACUAAAUGGACAUGGUUACAGUUGCGCGCUAUGCAAAUUGGUGGGAAUGCUAAAGCGAACAAUUUUUUCAAGCAGCAUGGAUGUAAUACAAAUGAUGCUCAACAAAAAUAUAACAGCAGAGCUUCAAAUUUGUAUAAAGAAAAAUUAGCCUCACUAGCACUGGAAGCACAUCGGCAGCAUGGCACUUCUUUGAUGAUGGAAAGUAGCGAUUUGACAGCGGAUGAAGGAUCUGAAGAAAAAAGUGCAAAGGAAGACGUUGAUUUUUUUUCGCAGGAUUUCGUCGCUCAUCAAAGCAAUUCUUCAUGCUCGAUAAGUCAGGACGCGUUCAUUGAUAAUGGCAGUGAUGCAGUGUUAGGACCGAGUGUUGAAACGUUAUCAUUAAGUGAUGCACAUCGUGAACAAAAUGUUCCACUGAAAUCAAAAAUUACGAGUAAAAAAGUAUCAGUGAAAAAAUCGGGGCUUGGUGCUAGAAAAGGAAUGGGUGCACAUCGCAUAACUGCAAAUUUCGGUGAGAUUGAACAGAAAGCAUCCAAUUAUGACAGAGAGAAGGAAGCCCUAGAAAGUUCUACUAUUAAAGAUGCUGGAAACGAUGAUACUGAUUCUGAUGGUUCAAAAACAAAAGUUUCGAGUCGGUUUCUGAUGCAAGAAUUAGAAAAAAAGGCUAAACAAAAAGCAAGCACUGUGGAUCAGAGUAAAGCAGACGUAAUAGAACGUCUCGGUAUGGGCAGCGGUGGCGCUAUCUUUGGGAAGGGAAGAAUAAGUCAUUCGGUAGCAAGCGGUAUCAAAACCAUUCCUCAAGAAGGCAUUUCAAGGAAUACCAAUCGAACUAUAAUUCCAAAUCGACGAGAAGGCGAAUGGGAAAUUAUUGAUGAUGACUUGAGAGGAAAUGAAGGGCGAUCAAACAUCGUCGAUGAUCGUGGCGUAGAAAAUACAGAAGAAAAUGAUUUCUUCGGUAGCUGGGAAACUCCUGCUUCAACAACUACAAUUAAAAAACCGUCGAGGCCGACUAUAACCACUGCUGUUAUUGAGCCAUCUAAUGAUAGCGCAUUGAAGAAAUUUGCAAAUGCAAGAGCAAUAUCAUCUGAUCAAUAUUUUGGUGGUGUGCAAGUAGAUUAUGAGGCGCAGUCCAGGUUGAAUCGCUUCGAAGGUUCAAGUGCGAUUGGCAGUGCUGAUUUGUUUGGUAAUGGCGAAAAUAGUUCAUAUGGUGGUGGUUAUGCGAGUCAAAUGCCGGAAAUGGCGACAAUCAGAGAUAGCAUGAGGAUGGGUGCGAGCAAAGUAGCUGGAAAAUUAUCGUCUCUGAGUAGUUCCGUUGCAUAUUAUCUCGCGAACAACCAGGAUCGCUACUAAUUAUCGGUUUUCAAGAAGCAAGAGACGCCGAGUUUGAUCAUGCUUGCGUUUUAACUCAUUUAUUGGUUACAAAAGGAAUGAACGCCAUCACACCACUACACAUUACUUUUUGCUUUUUCUUAUUGAGCACUGAAGCUUCGAUAAAUUUUGGGUUUCAAAGACUUCUUGGUUGUCUUCUUGUAGGAUAAGCUUGUUGUGUUAGAAUUUUCCGUGUCAAAAUGCUUCAUUUCUAAUUUGUAAUUGUAUGUUGGUGAUAGAGCAAUGUGGAAAAAUCCGAAUGGAGAACUAUAUUAUAUUUAAUCACUAUAACCAAUGGGAGCUUUCGGGAUUGUGGUAUAUAAAAUAAAAUUAUUUCAUUGUUCAUUUCAUUUCAAUUUCAAUUUCCACCAAUGAGAAAUCAGAUGAAUAAAAAAUACUUUGCGA